UGCGGGCCCACAGGUCAGGGGUUGCUAAGGGGAGCUGAAUAUGGCGGCGGGCGGACUGCGCUGUAAGAACCGCUGAAACAGAUUUAUCAGGCGGACAUAACCGAGGAUUUCACCGGUUGUACCGUACACUCUGACGGUUAUCUGCGAGACUAUCCUCCGGGGGAAGCACAGGGGGAACACGGGCUGUCAUGGCGCUGUUGUACGGGCUGCUAUGGCGGCUCCUGCUCCUUCUGGUCCACGUCAACAGAGCGCUGGUCUCCUGGCUCCGUGUCCGGCUAAGGAGUAUGAAGGGCCGGUUGUGGGAGCGGGCGGUGGCCGCUCUGCUACUGCCGUUAGCCUUAGCCGGGUUUCCGGACCAGCAGAAGAAGUUAAACCAUGCUAACCCUGAUGCUAACGGUAACCCGGUGACCGGGAGCCGGGCUGCAGGUCGCCGGGCUCGGUGGCUGUCUGACGGCAGGGCUCUAGAUAAGCUGCCGGUGCACAUCGGCCUGCUGGUGGCCGAAGAAGAGCUGAGCUACACGGACACAGCCAACCUGGUGGUAUGGUGCAUGGCCGUGGGGAUCUCCUAUGUUAGCGUCUACGACCAGCACGGCAUCUUUCAGAAGAAUAACUCCCGCAUGCUGGAGGAGAUUGUGAGGCAGCAGCAGGACCUGUUGGGCGUAGACGGCUCCAAAUACAGCGUGGAGGUCCUGAACAACAGCAGUGACAAACAGCAGCAGAAUGUGUUGUCGUGCCGCCCUGCGGUGAAGCUGCUGUGUCCUGAUGACGGGAAGCAGAGCAUCGUGGCGGCGGCUCAGCAGCUGUGUCGCUCCGUGGAGAAGAGAGAGAGGAGCUCUAAAGACAUCAGCGUCACCAUGCUGGACUCUCUGCUCAGAGAGUCUAAGAACGUUCCGGACCCUGAGCUGGUGGUGAAGUUCGGUCCUGUAGACAGCACGCUGGGCUUCCUGCCCUGGCACAUCAGACUCACUGAGUUCAUGUCUCUGCCGUCUCACAGAGGUGUCUCCUAUGAUGACCUGUUGGGCGUGCUUCAGAGGUACAGCUCCUGUCAGCAGCGGCUCGGACAGUGACCUGCAGGCUGUGUCAGGUGUGGACGAGGUGUGGACGAGGUGUGGACGUGCGUCGUCCACUCUGGAUCCUUGACACAUACAGACAGACACACAGGAAAUAGUUGACUUCCUGUCUGCAGCUCUCAUGAUGAGCUCACAUUCCAGGAGCAGACAGAGACACACGGAGCUCUGUUUGUCCCUCACAGCGUCCUGUUUGUCCCCCAGCUGCUGCUUCCUGCUGAGGACACACACUUCACAACAAAGAACACACACAGCUGUGUGCCGGACACACACUGCAGUGUGCAGACAGACAUCUGCUCUGAGCUUGGACAGAGACUGAACCAUGAUGUAAAUAUGAUGAGGAGACGUUUGUGUGGCUCUGUGAUCGUCUCUGUGGCCUCCAGCUUACAGCCAUGUGUUCAUGUGUUCAUGUGUCGUGGUGCUGCAGAUGUCCUGUGAGACUAAACAAGCUCUGAAAUAAACUGAUGCACUGUC